AGGGUGAGUGAGAGAGGGAGUGACACUCCAAGGAGCCAAGGGAAAAACAAAAAACCUGACCUUUCCCUUUCUCCAAAGGAUCAUCGAACUAAACCAAAUCAAAAUCAAACUUUGUCACAGUUAUUGGUGUGCUACCUCCGUUAGUUAUAUAAGACCCUUUUAUAAACUCCUUUUAAGGCUUUUCAAUCUCCAAUCACUUCUUCUUGUGUUGUCAUAACUUCAACAACUUCUUUCUUCUCGAUCUCACGAUGGCUCAUUUGGCCCUGUCUCAGCAGAUGGCUGUAACUGUUCCUGUUGGCAACGAUUUGUCUCUCAGAAGAUCUGCAGUUAAGGCCCCUAACUUGAACUUUUGGGAUAAAUCAUGGGCACCAGUAUUUACUUUGGACUUGAAGCCAAACAACCCAAGUUUAAGAAGUCGUCAUGUGGUAUGCAUGUCCGUGCAACAAGCAAGUGUAUCCAAAGUUAAUGUCUCACCUUUAGAAUUGGAAGAUGCUAAAGAACCUCCAUUGAACUUAUACAAGCCUAAAGAACCCUAUACAGCAACAAUUGUUUCUGUUGAUAGGCUAGUGGGGCCAAAGGCUCCUGGGGAAACUUGUCAUAUUGUGAUUGAUCACGGUGGAAAUGUUCCCUACUGGGAAGGACAGAGUUAUGGUGUUAUUCCACCAGGUGAAAAUCCUAAGAAACCUGGGGCUCCUCAUAAUGUUCGACUAUAUUCAAUUGCUUCCACAAGGUAUGGGGACUUUUUUGAUGGAAAAACUGCCAGCUUGUGUGUGCGUCGUGCUGUUUAUUAUGAUCCUGAGACAGGAAAGGAAGAUCCUUCCAAGAAUGGCAUUUGUAGCAAUUUUUUGUGUAACUCAAAGCCAGGAGACAAAAUUCAGAUCACAGGCCCGUCGGGGAAGAUAAUGCUUUUGCCCGAGGAUGACCCAAAUGCUACCCAUAUAAUGAUUGCCACAGGCACUGGUGUUGCUCCAUUCAGAGGCUAUCUACGCCGAAUGUUCAUGGAAUCAGUCCCUGCAUACAAGUUUGGUGGAUUAGCAUGGCUUUUCCUUGGAGUUGCCAACACUGACAGUCUUCUCUAUGAUGAUGAAUUCAGCAAAUACCUCAAGGAUUAUCCGGACAAUUUCCGCUACAAUCGAGCCCUCAGCAGAGAACAAAAGAACAAGAGUGGGGGCAAAAUGUAUGUUCAGGAUAAGAUUGAGGAGUACAGUGAUGAAAUCUUCAAACUCCUGGAUAAUGGGGCCCACAUAUAUUUCUGUGGUCUGAAAGGGAUGAUGCCAGGGAUCCAAGAUACGCUGAAGAAGGUUGCUGAGCAAAGAGGAGAAAGUUGGGAAGAGAAGCUUUCUCAACUUAAGAAGAACAAACAAUGGCAUGUUGAAGUCUAUUGAGAUUCUCUAGUUCAGAUUUGCAGAGUAGUCCCCCUUUGUCUCUGAAAGGAAACAAAACAAAAAAAGAACAUUUUUCGUUUGGUGCAUUUAAUCAAUAAAAUUCAUUAAGCAGCUUGAGUAUUGUAGCUGUUCUGUAUUAGUAAAUUGCAAUCAUAUAUUGUGCACUUGAUGGAUACUGAAUCGAAAAACCAAGCCAUUGGUGGUGGCAAUCUGGUAGAGUACAUUUUGUUAAGGGCAGCAACAUAUUUUCUUUUGCCAAAUUUUGAAUUAUUCUGUCAAUAAGGAUAAUCAUCCUCUGAAAUAUCAGCAAGGCCUAGAGUAAUUUCAAGAAGUACAAGUUAUUUUUUUAUUUAA